GUUAUAGGUUUCUGAUGGUUCUCCCAGGAUGGCAUCAAAGGUAUCAGUAAGAUUUAAAUUUCCGCGAUGAUUCUGCUAUACGUGUGGCUCAUGUCACAAUUCAUAUUAGACCCGGCUAAGGGAGACCAAUGGAAUGAUAUGUGCACAUCCUACGGCUACACAUUACUGGAAGCCAAGUUUGGAAAGGAAAAACACUGGCUUUGCAUUAAGUUGGUAGAUAUGGCUUCAUCGCAACUGACGCGAGCCAGCGGAGCAGUACUCCUCGACCCUGAUCCCAUAGAGUCCGGCAACUACAUCCAAGCUUAUCCCCUACAAGAUAUCAUUAUGGCGUACGGUUUUCCCGUAGAAACUCCACAGGCCGGUUCAGCCGAGGGGUAUAUCGGAGAAGACGGACACUUUUACGGCGUGUUACAUAUUGGAAACCGAACAUUGCACGCGGACCCUUACAACACAGACGACACUGCCAAAGUGUUUGGUGGCUUCGACGACGACUAUGUGGUCGCCCCACCACGCUCGCGCCGCGACCAUUACCAGAUGAACAUUCACGUCCCGAGUCUGGAGGAGUUUCCGUACAACGUCCAAGAGCGAAAACGUGUCCCAGGAGUAGCCAGAGCGAGGGUCUGUGACCUGCUGCUUCUCGCAGAUAAGGAAUUCUUCGAAAAGGAUGCUAACUCCAGUCUGAACCACUGCGUUCGAAGAAUGGUUCAUGCGGUUGCGCAAGCCGAUAUCAUUUUUAGAAACGCUGAUUUUAAUGAAGACGGAGUCCCAGAUAACAUUGGUUUCUCAGUAAAAUACAUCUUGGUUCUGACAUCGAACGACACGAACUACCGCGUGUUCGGGGACCUGUUAAACAAGAAGACAGUGGACGGCAGGCAGUAUUUGAUGCGAUUUGCACGGCUGCGGCGACUGUCUGAAGUUUGUCUGGGCGUCGCUUUCUCAGGACAUGCCUUUCUCAAUAGGACUCUUGGAUUAAGCUUCACAUCUCUCGGCGGCGGCAUGGGUGGCGCAGCAGGCGGACUAUGCGACCGAAGAGCGUACGGCAGGUCCUUUAACACCCUAGCGUUGGCGCACGCCACGGCUGAUGACAAGGAACGAAUCCCUGAACGAAUAGCUGCUUUGACGCUAGCUCAUGAGAUGGGUCACAGCUUUGGCGCACAUCACGAUGACAAUUUUCCAAACCCAGAAUGCAAAGGCUUCCUCAUGGGAUCACAGUCUUCAACGGCUGAUAACAGCGCUCAUUUCGAGUUCUCGCUUUGCAGCAAGAGGCUGAUAGCUGCCACUUUGAGCAGUAUGAGCUACUGCCUUACGGAGGAGGAUAGGCCUUAUUGCGGAAAUGUAGAAGUUACAGAGAGAUAUCCUGGAAUGAUGGUCACGCUGCAUAAAGAAGGAUGCUCGGUAGCGCCAUCUGCUACAUGUCAUCCGUCUCAAGGGCUUUGCUGUACAGUUGAUUGUCACUACACCAACCUCACGAAGCAUGGCAUUGACUGCACUGAAAUGGACCUCGAAUGCGGGUGCCCCACCAAGACCAGCCUGUGCAGAUGUGCGUUGGGGGGAAGAUGUCUUCCAGACGGCACCUGUCACGCCGCCGAGUGCGCCAAGCUUGGGUUAAAAGAGUGUGCCUGUUACUCUAAGGGACCGGGCGGUGCACUAAGUCGAGCGCGACGCUGCGGCAUCUGCUGCCGUAUUGAGGUACAGGGCGAGACGAACGGCGUUUGCGUGGGCGCAGAGUUCGCGGCAAAGCUCAUCCUUGACAAUGGGUUCAAGCUGCCUGAUGAUUGGCCCGAUGAUGACUAUUCUGGUCCAAACGUAUCCGUACACCUCUGCCACGAGGGCAAGUGCACGACUGCGAACCUGCGCGCGUGGCCCAUCGGUGACCCAUGCGUGUCCCGCGGCGUGGUGGGCGUGUGCACAGCCAUGGGCAUCUGUGUGCCGAGAUACGUCGUGCCACAGUCGAAUAUAUAUCCCGCACUUAUGUUACAUAACGUGAAAAUGAUAAAAACAAAAACGAAAUCUUCGUCGACAACAGUUGCAAGAGUUUCAUUGUCGUUAUUACUAAUACUAACUAUUUAUUUUGUCAAAUGA